AGACAUUUUGCUUAAAAAUUUGUUGUUUAUUAAAUUUUUUCGUUUGUUUAGCGCGUAGGUAGGCAUUUUUUGUCAUUCUUUUAUAAAUCUAUAACUGUAAAAUAAAUAAUUAAAAAACCCGAAAAUAUGACAUCGCGUAAAAGGCAGCACAAUAUGGAAAAGGAAAAUAAGAAUAAGACAGAUUAUGCAGCUCAAUCGCCUAAAGAUUCAUUAAAUAAUGAAUCCGUGGAUGAUAUGUUAGCUAAUGUUGAUUCCUUCAUUGAAGGUGUUUAUCGUGACCUGAGCAUUAGUCCUCCUCAACGUACUUCUUUGGGCAAUUCUGCAACAUUUCGCACACGUAGAUCACUUAACGACGAUUCAUCAGUUUCAUCCGAUAAUACUUCUCCAGCUGGGGCAACUUCUAUUUCAAUAAUUGAAAAUGCUUCUGCAGUAGUCUCGCCGACCACACGUCGCAACAUGGAUGCAGAGAUUGAAAGAAUCAAUAGAAUUUGUGAUAAUGUUGAUCAGAAUCUACGUUCAAUUGGUCUUUUUAUGAACAAUUCGUGUGACAAUAGCACUUCGGAAAAUAUUUUAAAUUCAAAUUUAACAAGUACUCCCAGUUCAUCUACUUCAUCAAUGACGGCUCUAACACUCAAUAGUCCACCGAUUGCCACAAUAGUACGCAAUAAUAAUACGCAAAGAAGUCGUCCCAGACGUCGAAGAUCGUCACCCACAGGAUCAAUAGCUGCUCAUGUUAUAGAUUUAUCAGAGUCACAAACACAAACACCAGAGAUAAACAGACACACUAUCAGCGUUAAUAGUAAUAAUAACCGCCAUAUUGAUGAUGACGACGACGAUGAUGUUAUUUUGGUAUCUGCGAAUAUUCAUCCUGUAGUGGAUUUAUGUACACCAGGGGGACAUCAGGAACAUCACAAUCCUAGGCCAGUAAUAAAUCAAAGACAAUUAAAUAGACGACGCUUGACGCACCAAGAUGAAGAUGUUGCAGACUCAUGUUGCCAAGGUCCCUCGACAGCAAGAAAACGUCGCACUGAAUAUUUUACACCACCAGAAUACAAAAAACCCUCAUCAGGGUCAGGCAAUGUUGCCACUUCGCCACCAUCUUCAGCAGCGACAACAGCUUCUGUUCAUACACCAUUUAUGUGUCCCGUUUGCAUGGAAUCAUGUUUACAACGCCAACCUACCUCAACUCGUUGUGGUCAUGUCUUCUGUAAAGAGUGUAUUGAACACGCCAUACGUUUGACUCAUAAGUGUCCCAUGUGUAAUACGAAAAUUUCCAAAAGCCAAAUAUUCCGUAUUUAUCUUUAAGUUUGUUUUUAUGUAGCAUGAAUACUCAGUGACAUUGUUAACCCAUAGUUUAGCUUAUAGUUAAAACAUGAAUUAUUUAUUAUUUUCUUUAAUAUUCCUUAAUCAUUUCAUAACUUAUUUCUUUAUUUAGUAAUAGUUUUAUAAUUUUUAAAUUCAAUCGUUUUUUUUACUUGUUUUGAAACCUUAUUUUUGUCUGUUAAUUGAAUAAAUUUAACUAUGUUGUAAAAA